GGCCGCGAGCAGCAAUGGCCGUCUGGGGGGGUUCCCGGGGAGACGCAGUUGCUGCGAGUUAAAUCUAUGCCAGACACUCACUCUGAAUUCAAACCCUUCCUUCACUACUGUUAGACAAAAAUCGGGAUAGAAAUCAAAUCAGAAUAAAAUAGCCUCAGUUCCGAGUUGAAGUGCGUGCUGCUGGGCCCGAAGUUGGCCUUUUUCCCCCCCCUUAAAUGUGCUUCUUUUCUGUUCUGGAAGGUUCUACAAUCUGUCGAUACAAGUUACAGACUGGUGGAACUGUAGGAAUGGGGAAAUACACCAUCUGAACUUCAAAUCUACAGCUAUCCACAAAUCAAAACGACUGAUGUUGCUAAAAAUGAGAUAGCAGUAAACUUUAGAGCUGCAAGUUUGGUUUGUUUGGCCAAAACAACCAUAUGAGAGGUUGUGUGCCUCGAAUUCUGCAGGAUGUUUGGGGACAUGUUUGAAGAAGAGGAAGAUGUUGGAUUUGUGUCUGAGAACAAAAGUAUGAACGGGUGGAAAUCCAGGAAAAAAGACACUGACCCGCCACCACACCGGGCAGCCAGUAACCUCAGUGGAAUCAAAAACCAGGGGGGCACAUGCUACCUCAACUCACUGCUUCAAACCUUGCUGUACACACCUGAAUUCCGAGAAUCAUUGUUUGCCCUGGGGCCUGAGGAACUGGGAAAUUUAUCAGACAAAGACAAGCCAGAGUCGAAGGUUCGAGUUAUCCCUUUGGAGCUGCAGAGGCUUUUUGCCCAGCUGUUGCUUGCUGAUCAGUUGGCUGCAUCUACAUCUGACCUAACUGAUAGCUUUGGCUGGACAAGUAAUGAGGAGACUAGUCAGCAUGACGUACAAGAAUUAAAUCGAAUUCUCUUCAGUGCAUUGGAGAGCUCUUUAGUUGGAACCUCUGGGCAUGACCUCAUUAACAGACUAUACCAUGGAAUAGUCGUUAACAAGAUCGUUUGUAAGGAGUGUGGCAACAUUAGCGAAAGACAGGAGGAUUUCCUGGACUUGACUGUAGCUGUGAAAGGUGUCAGUGGAUUGGAAGAAGCUUUGUGUACCUUCUAUGUUGAAGAAGAAUAUUUUGAUGAUAAUAAUCUCUACCAUUGUGGAAGGUGUGAGAAAUUGGUUAAGGCAACUAAGUCAGCGAAGAUACGGCACCUCCCCACAUUCCUCACCAUUUCUUUACUGCGCUUCAAUUUUGAUUUUACCAAGUGCGAACGUUACAAGGAAACAGGAUGUUACUCCUUUCCAGUCAGGCUGGACAUGCGGCCUUUCUGUGAGCAGGAUAAUCUCCCAGAUUCUGAAUAUGAGUAUGAUCUUUUUUCUGUAAUCAUCCACAAAGGAGGCUGUUAUGGAGGGCAUUACCAUGCAUACAUCAAAGAUAUUGAUCAACUGGGCACCUGGUUCUCUCUAGAUGAGCAGAUGACGGUAGUCAACUUACCAAAAGAUUCAACAAAUCAAGACCACUUGCUGGAAUUGGGGGAUCCUGUAGAAAUCCUGAAAGCUAUUUUAGUGCAGGUGGGUGCUGAUGGCGUACUGGUAGAUCAAUUGGGCCAAAAAUUGCUGGAGAAAGUUGGUGUUGCAUGGAACAAAAGAUACCGCAAGCAACAUGGACCUUUAAGGAAGUUUCUGGAGAGUCAUCCUGAUGUGUUUCUGCUCAAAGCAGAUGGAACACGAGUUGCUGUAAAACAGGUUGGCCAUGACUGUUUGGGGCAACAGCCCAACAAAUCCAAAAUCAGGAAAGCACAGACAGAAAAUUGCAAAGCCAGCACCUCGCAUGCUGACAAGACGGAAACACACUCCAAGAUACCAGCUUCUGAAGUACAUUGGUUUGAUUUUGAUGAUACCCAAGUACGGCCUAUCCAAGAGAAAGACAUUGAGAAGCAAUUUGAGGGCAAGGAGUGCGCCUACAUGCUGUUUUAUAGAAAAUCUCAACUACAGCGACCAGCAGAGGCUCGAGGAAACUCGAGGUACAAAGUACCUCCUGACUUGCUGGAAGAGAUAGCCAACCUGGAUGCCAGUCUUCAAAAACAAAGGGCAGAGUUUGAUUCUGCAACCAAUAACAUUGAAGUCCACCUUCAUCUGGGUCCUGAGUAUAAAUUUGGAAAUGGCGCCCUAUACCCAGCUUCUUCCCAGAAAGACAGCGUGCUGACAAUAACCAUUGAUAGGAGGAAAACAAUUGGUGAUCUCAGACAGACUAUUUUCCAGCUGCUGGAAUUCUGGAAAGGUGAUAUGGUGAUCAGUGUUGCCAAGCAGUUGCCUGUUGGUCUUCACCUUUAUGAGACCUUCCAUGAGGACCAUACCUCUUUGCACAGUCUGGGCAUCACCGAUGGAACCAUUCUCUUUGUAUGGAACGGUAGCCAGGUUUGUGGAGUGACGAUACAUGUUGGCGAGGAGUUCGAACCCAUGAUGCUUAAAAUAUUGUGUCCUGCACUGAAGAGCAAAUCGGAAACCGAGAUGGUGCAGUUCAUAGAGAUGCAAAAGGUGUUCACACGGAACACAUUGCUGGCUUCUGCACGAAACAGUCUAGCUCUGUCGACAGGGAUUUCUCCAGAGGAGCUGACAGUUUAUUACAAGUCAAAUUUGGAGAAUAAAGGGUCCACAAACUGGGUUGCAUAUGAUGCUGAGGAUGGCCACAAGACCCUUGCGGAUCUAAGGUUGAAAGAUGGUGAUACUAUAUUAGUAUCAGACCAGAAGUGUUACAACCUGAGUGUUCUUUCAUCGAAUGGUAUGCCAAUAACUGUAGCUGACCGCAGCUGGCUGCAGGUCAAGAAUUACUGUGGUGAGAAAUUCUCGCAGAUUGCAGGAAAAACAGUGACCAUUCCCGUCACCAUGGAGACUCUGGUUUCGGAAAUCAAAGCAAAUGCCAUUGAGAAGCUAAAGUUGAAAGAUGAACAAGUAGGUGGAACCUGUUUGAGACCAAUUGACAGAACUGGAAAGCUGCUCCCUCCAGUCUGUGAGGAUUUGACUGUGAAGGGCAUUGGACUGAAAACAGGAAGCAGUUUGGCACUUUUUCCUGGCCACACUCCAAAAGAUACACAGCUGUUCUUGUACUUCUCUGUUGGGGACAGUCUUCAUAUGACCCCUGAAAUGGAAAUAGUGGUAGAACAGAGCAUCUCUGUCCGAGAGUGCUUGAAGCUGAUGUUGGAGAAAGCUGUAUUAACAGGAGAGUGUUGGCAUUUGAGGAAAACUGACUGGUGCUAUGAUGCUGGGGAGGUUUUGAAAGAUGAAGAAGCUACAUUGGCAUAUAUGAAGAUAACAAAUGGAGAGACACUGGUCAUCAUGGAGGGAAGGCUUCCACCAAAGGGAUUCCUGAUGUUACCUGUCUGGCUCUAUCAGCCUCCACUGGACUCUGAAAAUAGAGGGUGCUUUCGAGAAGAGCAGGAAAACAUUGCAAAUAGACUCUGUGCAUUGAAUAUCGCGUCAACUGCCAGAGACUUUUCGUUGCGACAGUAUAUGGGCACUGAAUUGAAAUACGUAGGCAAUAUUGAGAUAUCAGGGGAAGCUAGUCUAGAGGACUUAAAAACUCAGGUUUUGACCUUGCCUCUGCUGCAGGGUCUCUCUGUUCCUUCAAUGGAAUUCCUCAGAGUCUGGCUGGUGGAGAAUAAAUGUCCUGUCAAAAUCCUACGGAACCAGCAGCAACAGCUCAGCAAAUUUAAACUGGGGUCUAGUGCAGAGAUUGGAAUUCAACUACUGCAAGCAGAAGAGAAUCUAACGUCUACUGAGUUGCUGUUGCGGCUGAAGAUGGCAGUCCCUGGUGAAAGGAUGUAUUACCCAGCUGAGGAAUUUGUUUGGGACAUAUCCAAGGAUUGCACAGUUCGCACCCUUAAACAGAAAAUUGUACAGCACUAUUCAUUGCCACCGGAGCAGAUUGAAAUUGCCAAAUAUUUUCCAGAUCAGUUUGAGUGGAUGCCUAUGACCAGUUGGACUCAACAAGUAUCAAAGAAGAAGAAGAAAAAGAAACUGCAGAACCUUCAGGGGGCUCCUUAUUAUCUGAAAGAUGGAGAUAUCAUUGGUGUUAAGAACUUAUUAAUCGACAAAAAUAAGGACUUCAGCACUGUGGCUGAUGACAUUGGGAAGGAAAAACUCAAACUAGAAGGCAAUAGUAAAGACACACGUCAUCGCGCUACUGUCCAGCAGGGUGGAGAUGCCUCAGAAAAUCCUGAGAAACAAGCAGUUCGUGCUCGUACCCGCAAACCGGAGGUGGCCUUGUCCAUCAGUGUAGCAGACUUCAGAUAACAGCUAUGGAAUCUGGAAGAGGGUACCUGAAAGAGCUGAUGAGCUCUUGCAGUGAGUGUCAGAGGUACAGAGCUGAGGAAGAGUAAUGAAUGAACAGAGAGAUUCACCACCUACAGUAUGCAGGAGUGAAGGUAGCUGGUGGUCUCAGUUAUAGAAUUAUGUUUGAGGAUUAAUCGGCAAGGGCUGUCAGAUUCUUCACUCCUGUUUGGUGUGCCCUGAUGAGAUUUCCUUCUGUCUCGAACUGGGAGGAGAAACUUGACAGAACACAUCAUCAGAAUUAAGAGGAGAAUCUUCUCCAGCUGGCCUUUGAUUUUUGUUUUGUCAAUAACUGCCUAAAUCAAUAUUUGAAAAGAAAUUGAUUUUCUUCUUCCAAGUAUUCAGAACUAAUUUUUUUUUUUGAGAAAUACCUAUGCAAUAAAUGGGAAUCCAUUCCCAAGAUAUAGUUCAAAGCUUCUGACACACCAGCAACUGGUGCUUGUUUACAUUAAGGAAACCCAGUGUUGCAGCUGUCCAUGCUUUAUGUAAUGUUCUGCUAAUGUGCUUUUGUGAAAAUAUCCCUCUCACUUGUUCAGGGGUGAUUGAUAUGUUGAUUGGACCAUAAAAUCCAGUGUAGAUCUUAUACCAACGUGGAGGCUUUUAUCACAUAAAAAGUUGGUUGGUUGUUACAUAAAGGAUAUUUUUAACACCGGACAGGUGGAGAAGCAUCACAGUUGGUGGAUUUUAUGGUCUGAUUUUCAGUGAGAACCUGACUUGCUGGCAAGGACUGUGUCCCUCACAUAAACAUUUGUAACCUCAGGAGUUCCCAGGUCAGAGAGAACUUGACUUUUUAACAUGCACACAGAAAUGGUGCAAAUUGAGGUACAUUCAGGACGUAUACAUCUAUGGAAAGGAAUAAAAAAUUUUAUGUAUGGGCCUGUGUUGCCAGUGGGGUAAUAUCUCCAACAGGGUCGUUGUUUACUUACUUUAAUUGUCACAACAACUAGAAAACUACUUGUUUUGAGCUAGUUACUUUGCAGGUUACUCUAGGCUAUCUGAUGCCUUAAUCAACAGAGAACUUUUAAUUGAUAGGAUGGACUAACUGUCGGGCACUCUAGUUUCUACAUGACUAAUGGGACAGACAGACUAUUAUGAUAAGUUAAGACUUUACAUUUCGUUCAAUAUCUGGUUAUUCUGCUCGUGUAAGUAUAGUCCUUGGCAUGCUCCUGACACUGAAUUGCACCAGAUUGAGAAGACAAUUAGAUUAAGAAAAUUGUAAGUGGUUAACUGAUCCCAUCUAACAGAAUACCAUAGUUUAUAGCUGAUACAGUGUGACAAACAGAGCAUCUUUGCGCAGGACACUGAGUAAUAUGAUGUGUUGCAAUCUUUAAUCUGCGCACUGGGCUUCUCAGGACAGUGAGAUUGGGGUAAUUCCAAAUAAAGGACGACAAUUAGAAAAUCACUGUGCAAUAUUGUGAAACAUUCUCGUGAAAUUUGUAAAUGUUACAGAGAGAUGUGCGCAUAUUUCCCUGUCUAAAAAUAUUAGAAACCGUUUAGAAUUAUAUUUCUUCAAAUGGAACAGAUUGCAAAAUGUCGUCUCUAAAAUGUGGUUAAGUUCCAGUUAUCAGUGGUUGAGUGAAGAAUGUCAGCAUAAAUCAUGGAGCUAUUAUAAAUGCUAAACAGGAUAUAAUGUUGGCACAUUAUCUGUAUCUUUACUCUGCAGGACGUGGAUGUGUCUUACAGAUUUUACAUUUGCUGUGAUAUAAUAUGGUAACUUAUGCAUUAUACGUGUUCCUUGUUAUUGCCCAAAUUGUUAGAAAAAAAACAAAUAACAUCAAAUUAAGCCAAAAAGCCUUCAGGUCUGCGUACAAGUAAUAUGCAUCAUUAAGCCAGAAGGAAGCAGAUGGUUUCAUUGUGGCGAGCAAGGGUGAGAAGCAGCACAGGAGGAUUUGAAAGCUAAUUUUCGCGAGACAUAUAGAAAGCAUUGCUUGUUUUUGGAGCAGUCUGUUACCAGCACUGUGCAAUGGUUUGGUUUAGAAGAACUAGAUUAUUUCACAUGUGUUAGUAUGGGCAAGCAGGACCACAGAUGACAAGGUGGCUUCGAGGCUGAUAACCAUUAACUUUAUAUUUCUUUCAGUAAUAGUGGACCAGAUGUAUGCAGUGUCCUUAAAUACUUUUAAAAGUGAUCAGUUCAGCUGUUUUUUCUUAUUAUUAAUUGGCGUAGCUCUAAUUUGUUGCAGUUUUUAAAUGAAGUUUAUUUCAGCCCUUUUGGGGCUCAUUAUCCCUUCAAACAAUUUGUUUAAAGUUAGUGCCUUGUCCUACACUUAUUUGUGCCAGUAGAUGCCAACUAUAACUAGAGGGUUGGUGUAUGUUGUAAAAUAUAACUUUCCACUGUUUGUUUGGAUAUAAAGGUAUCAGUACAUUGAUUGCAGAUUCUUCUUCCAAAUGGCCCGCCUCAUUAACCUUUAUCGUCAUAAAACAGAUGUCAGCUUCUGUCUCACCUCAGGCAGUGAUACUGGGUUGGAUUUACCAGUGCACUAGCCCGUCAGUAGCCUUGGAAAUGGUUUAUUUCGUUUUCAAAUUAGGUGCAACGCAAGGCUAUACCCUUGUCUGUUUUUGGUCAGUGCAGCAUCUGACAAACCACUGACUGGAAAACGUAAACUCUUUCGGUUACUGAUUGGGCCCUGUAAUUAUUAAAUAAUCCCAAGACAACCUUAAACUAAAUUUCUUCCCUACAACUCCACUUGCUUCCAGUAGAUAAGUAAAUGUAAAGGCAGAGGACAGAUGAGUACACCAGGUGGAUGAUUUAGUAUUAAAAAGCGAAUUCUAUUAAUGAAGGUAAAUAACUAGGCAGUCUAUAGCAGAUCCUCAUUAUUUCAGGAGCUGAUCAAUAUACAUGUGAAUGGUUUGAAUUGAUUUAUUCUAUAGUCUUGAAAUGCAACAUGAAGUUGUCGUUGCUGUUUAGACUACCUUUGUUUUGACUAUAUACUGCCACAAGAGGGGGAUGUGGAGAAUUUAUUGUAGAGCAUCUCCCACUCCAAUGCUAGUGUUUGCACUGAAUUUUCGCCAAAGUUAUCAGAGAGACUAAGAAUUUCUGCAAAAAUUUCAGUAAAAUUAAACAUUGUGUUGUAAAUAAUUCAAUCCCAUUCAUUAGAAUUUGAGACUGGAAGCAAGACUGUUGCAACCUAGUGUAAGAAAGACAGAAAGAAAAGCAAAUCAUGUAUUAGAAUGGAAUAAUUGAAAUUUUGGUUUAAAGGAAUCGCACUUUUCAUGUUUCACCCAGCCUGUGGUUUAAGAAAGAGAGAAACACUUGCAAGUACUAGCGAGGAUGCAAGUCUGGUGCUCGAGGGCUCCAGAACCUAAUGGAAAAAUACUUCAACAAACUGCUGCAGAAUAAGCUCCUUCAGUGUGAGCAUCUAAUUUGUUUAUCAAGUCAUUAUUCUAAUAUAUUUUCUGGGAAGUGGGAAGCUCUCCUUUAUGAAUUUUCCUAAGAUGGAAUUGGUUUAUUUUUAUCAGACAUAAAC